GCGACGACUCCGAAUUUAGAGAGAGAGAGAGAGAGAGAGAGAGAGAGAGAGAGAGCUGUGCUCCGGUUGGAAUCGCCCGUUCCGAUCAAAUGGCCGAGCUCGGCGGCGGCGACGACGACAGGCCGCUGAGGAAGAUCGGGCGGUCGUUCAAGGAGCUCGCGGCGGCCGUGGACUCCCAGGCGGCGGCGGCGGCGGCGGGCGGCGUCGGCGUCGAGGUCGCGCCCUUCUCCACCGCCUGCUCCCUCGUGUCCCCGCUCUUCGGCUGCCUCGGCAUCGCUUUCAAGUUCGCCGAGAUGGACUACGUCGCCAAGGUUCAUGAUCUGGCGGACGCAUCCAAGUCGAUCGUGACCUUGCAGGCUUUGCUGGAUCAUGAUAUGGAAAGGGACUGCGUCAGGAAAGCCGGUAGCCAUUCGAGAAAUCUUCUGAGGGUGAAGCGCGGCCUGGACAUGGUCAGGGUACUCUUUGAACAAAUUCUCGUAUCAGAGGGGAAUUCCUUAAGGGAUCCAGCCUCCAAGGCUUACGCACAGGUUUUUGCUCCUCACCAUGGGUGGGCUAUUAGGAAAGCUGUAGCUGCAGGGAUGUAUGCCCUUCCCACAAAGGCACAGUUAUUGAAGAAACUCAGUGAGGAUGAGAACUCGGCGAAGACUCAUAUGCAGGAUUACAUUGUUGCUUCAGAACCCGUCAUUCUUUACAUCAACAGACUCUUUCUUUCAAGAGAACUGGGGAUUGAUUGGUAAAACCAUGGUGGGAAUUUGCAGAUUAUUUUCUGAUUUAUUUGUGAUCAUGUGUUCAAUAGAAGAAACGUAACCGACACCUGAUGUAUCAGUAUUUUCUUUACGAAUCAAAUAAUGUAAAGUUUCUUGGUAGAUUAGAAUUGCUCGGAGUGCUAUUCAAGAUAA